AUGAUCGCUCAAACCAUCUUUGCUACCGCUCUCGUCGCCUCUGUUUCAGCCGGCUGGGAAUCCAAGAGCGAGACUGGCUCAUGCAACACUGGAAAAAUCUCCUGCUGCGACCUUAACAAGGAGGCUCAAACCAGCACUGGCAAGAACGACGCCCUCAUCUCCACUGGCGACAUUGCAUCCCAAGUCGGUGUUCAAUGUGAUCAGGUCCCACUCUUGAUCGGAGUUGCAAUCGAGGACGAGUGCAAGAACACCCCAGUCUGUUGCGAGGGUCUUGAAGAAGAUGGUCUCGUUGGUUUGGGCUGUAGCCCACUCCCAAUCGUCUAG